AUGGAGAUAAGAAAGCCUCCUGUAUCUGCUAGAGGUCCUUACAGGUCAUAUGACACAGAUGACCUUACUAGAGCCUUCCUUGCUGUGAAAAAUAAGGAAUUGUCUAUAAGAAAGGCUUCAGUAACAUAUGGUGUACCUUUUGCAACACUUGCAGAUAGGAUUGCUGGACGGAUCAGUGUGGACACUGUCAAGUCAGGGGUGUUCCCACUCUUUAGUCAGGAGCAGGAGUCUCUUCUGGCUCAACAUCUUAACACUAUGGCUGAAGUGGGAUAUGGUUAUACCCGCCAGGAAACCAUGAAUUUAGCCACAGAUUAUGCCAUUGAACUUGGAUUGAGAACAAAGGAUGAUAGACCUGUGUCUGACAAGUGGCUUUACAAUUUCUUGGGACGCUGGCCAGAACUUAAAUUGAAAAAGCCUAGAGCGUUAGAGAUUGCCAGAGCAAAGAGUGCAACUAGAGAUGCAGUUGACAAUUAUUUCACAGAACUUAAAAGAAUUUUAGUAAAAUAUGAUCUUGAAGAUAAACCGAACAGAAUCUUCAAUGUGGAUGAAAAAGUGAAUACUGAACAUAAGCCACCAAAGGUUGUCGCUGGAAAAUUUAACAAGACACAGGCUGUAACUUCAGGCAAGUCCAAGACAACUACUGUCAUUGGAAAGUACAUGAGAGAGUCAGGCGGGCGAUUGAUAACCAGAUAUGAUGUCUGUCAACUAGCCUGCAAGGUAUAUUCAUCUACCCUCACUGUGCCAAAUAUUGUUGCUGCUUUCAAGAGAUGCGGAAUCCAUCCAUUCAAUUCAGCAGUUGUCAGUGAUUCAGUAGUAGCACCAGCCACGACCUUCAAAUCCCAGAAUCCUCCACCCACAGAAAGUUCAGGAAACUCCAAUGUGCCAAAAUCAGCUGAAAACUUUUUGUUGCGUAAAGGUGGCAAAAUCCUUGAAAAUGUUCAAAGUGCUAAAAAAGAAAGAAAGACACUCAGCAAAGUUAUUGGUGGAAACCUAUCACAGAAGAAGAAAUAA